CGAGACGGGGCAGGGCGGAGCUGGCGGACUGUGCUGGCCUUGGCGCCCCUGGUCCCUGUGCUCCGCGGUCUCGCUUUGCCGCCGCGUGGAAGCAUCGGGACUCGAAGGCGCACUGAGCCCUCGACCAUGGCGGCGCACGGGAAGCUGCGGCGGGAGCGGGGGCCGCAGGCUGAGUAUGAGGCACAAGUCAAAGAGAUGCGCUCACAGUUGAGUGAGCAGCUCCGUUGCCUGGAGCUUCAGGGAGAGCUGCGGCGAGAUUUGCUGCAGGAGCUAGCUGAGUUCAUGCGGCGCCGGGCAGAGGUGGAGCUGGAGUACUCUCGGGGCCUGGACAAGUUGGCUGAACGCUUUGCCAGCCGCAGUGGUCGCCUGGGGGGCAGCAGCCGGGAGCAGCAAAGCUUCCGGAAGGAGCCGACUCUCCUGUCACCCUUGCACUGCUGGUCUGUGUUGCUGGAGCACACACGGCAGCAGAGUCGAGAAAGUGCCGCCCUCAGCGAGGUGCUGGCUGGGCCCCUGGCUCAGCGCCUGAGUCAUAUUGCUGAGGAUGUGGGACGCAUAGUCAAAAAGAGUAAGGACCUGGUGCAGCAGCUUCAGGAUGAGCUCCUGGAGAUGGUCUCAGAACUCCAGACAACCAAGAAGACGUAUCAUGUGUACCACUUGGAGAGCAUGAAUGCUGAGAGCAAACUCCGGGAAGCUGAGCGGCAGGAGGAGAAGCGAUCAGGCCGGAAUGCCCUGUCCACCAGCACUGCUGCCUCUGCCAGCACCACGACUACUGUCACCACCACUGAGACAGGGCCCCUACGAAAGAGCUCUCUCAAGAAAGGAGGGCGGCUAGUGGAGAAGCGUCAGGCCAAGUUCUUGGAGCACAAACUUAACUGCACUAAGGCCCGAAACGAGUACCUGCUCAGCCUGGCCAGUGUCAAUGCCGCUGUCAGCAACUACUACUUGCAUGAUAUCUUGGACCUCAUGGAUUGCUGUGACACAGGUUUCCACUUGGCCUUGGGGCAGGCCCUCCGGAGCUACACAGCUGCUGAGAACCGCACCCAAGCCUCCCAGAUGCAGGGAUUGGGCAGCCUGGAAGAGGCCCUGGAGGCCCUAGAUCCUCCAGGGGACAAGGCCAAGGUGGUUGAGGUUCAUGCCAGGGCCUUCUGUCCCGAUCCACACUUUGACUACCAGCCCCAUGAAGGUGAUGAGGUGGCUGAGAUCCAGGUUGAGAUGGAACUUCGGGAUGAGAUUUUGCCCAGAGCCCAAAACAUCCAGAGUCGCCUGGACCAAAAGACCAUCGAGACAGAAGAGGUGAAUAAGACACUGAAGGCAACACUUCAGGCUCUGCUAGAGGUGGUGGCAUCAGAGGAUGGGGACAUGCUGGACUCUUUGCAGGCCAGCCCCUCCACUGAGUCCCUCAAGUCCACAAACUCAGACCCGGGCACCCGACAGACAGGCCGAAGACGGAGCCAGCAGCAGGAGACAGAGACCUUCUACAUUACGGUGGGGCUGGACAGGUGGAACAAGGCCACAAAGGGCAGCAGAAAGGAGGCUGAGUUGAGGUUCAAACUAGAGACUCUUCUUUGGGUUUUCCAGAAGCUGCAGGAGUAUCUGAGUGGUCGGAGCAUUCUUGCCAAGCUGCAGGCCAAGCAUGAAAAGCUGCAGGAAGCCAUACAACGAGGUAACAAGGAAGGGCGAAAAACAUCUUGGACCCAGUGCACAGAGAGAAAAUUCCACAAGAGCGUCCAUCCCCUUCCUAGCUCCCAGUGUAACCAGAGACUCUUUGGAGGUGAUCUGGAGAAGUUUAUCCGGAGCUCAGGCCAACCUGUGCCCGCUGUGGUGGAGAGCUGUAUCCGUUUCAUUAACGUCCAUGGCCUGCAGCAUGAAGGCAUCUUCCGGGUAUCAGGUGCCCAGGCCCGGAUCUCUGAGAUCCGAGAUGCCUUUGAAAGAGGGGAGGAUCCUCUGAAGGAAGGUUGUACUGCUCAUGACCUAGACUCAGUGGCUGGGGUACUGAAGCUGUACUUCCGGAGCCUGGAGCCCCCACUCUUCCCCUUGGACAUGUUUAACGAGCUGCUGGCCUCAGCAGAACUGGAGGCUGUGGGUGAGCGGGUGGAGCCUGUGAGCCAACUGCUGUCCAGACUGCCCAGACCCGUGCUAGUAGUCCUGCGAUAUCUUUUCACCUUCCUCAACCACCUGACCCAGUACAGCGAUGAGAACAUGAUGGACUCCUACAACCUGGCUGUAUGCUUUGGGCCCACACUGUUGCCUGUGCCUGCUGGGCAGGACCCUGUAGCCUUGCAGGGCCGGGUGAACCAGCUGGUGCAGACUCUUAUCCUUCAACCAGCUCGAGUUUUCCCACCCCUGACUAUGUUGCCAGGCCCCAUCUAUGAGAAGUGCAUGGCACCACCUUCUGCCAGCUGCCUGGGGGAUGGCCAAUUGGAGAACCUUGUUGGGGAGCUGGAGUUGGAAGCUGGGACCACAGCUCAGGAGGAUGACCAGGAAGGAGUUGUGGAGGCUGUGGCCUGCUUUGCCUACACUGGCCGGACAGCCCAGGAGCUGACAUUCCAGCGAGGUGAUGUGCUACGGCUGUAUGCUCGGGCAUCAAGUGACUGGUGGCGAGGGGAGCAUGCUGGUGUGCAGGGACUCAUUCCCCAUAAGUACAUCACACUGCCUGAGGGGGAUGAGAAGCAGACAGCUGGUGUGCAGGCCACAGCAGAAUCUGUGAGCCAUCCAGAGGGCUUCCUGACCUCGGAGUUUACCAAUCGGCUGGAAUUAGGCACCCCACCUGAGGCUGUGAGCCCCUCUGGGCACAGACGACACUGUUUGGUCCCCAUCUCCCCUGAGCAACAUGUGGAGAUGGAUAAGGCUGUGGCCCAGAACAUGGACGCUGUGUUUAAGGAGCUCUUGGGAAAAGCUGCUGUCCGCCAGGGACAUGGGCUAGCAUCUACAGCACCCCCCAGUCUAGGAACCCGAAAUCUGAAGCCCCUGGCCUGCAGCAGCUUUGGCAAAAACAAAGUUUUCUCCCGGGGCCCCGGGGCUCCAGUUUCCCCCUCAGUCUCCAAUCCCCAGGGUCCAGACUCAACUCGCAAGGCGCUCUGAGGCAGCUUCCCUCCAGCAGUCACCAGACCACAUCCCCUAGGCCUGUUGCCUCUCCACAGCCCUGCUCUAGGCCUCUUUGAGAAGUAACAAAGGAAGGAGGCUAGAGAUAAACCCUUCUGUGCCUUUUCUGGGAAAUCUUGGGCUGUGGAAAUCUUGGAAGAUGGAAGUUGCAGCAAUUCAUAAAGACCCAUGCACUGGU